CAAUAUUAUUGACGGAUGUAAGACGUCACUACUACAAAAAUGGGCUAAGGAACCAUUGUUAGGGAACCGUAUGAGUCACUUAUUAGGUUUAUUAGAUAAAGAAACCGAUUAUCUUAGAAGUGUGGUUUCUUAGAAAAAAUAAAAGAAACCUGAUACCUAAAAUAUAUAGUUUCCUAGAAAAUAUUAUAAUUAACAAAGAAUCAAAGAAACCGUAGAUCUUUUAAAUCCAGUUUCUUACCAAUAUAUAUUACAUAAAAUUAUAUUUUUUUAUUUUUUAAUGUAAUUGAGGUUGUGAUUUUGUUUUUUGGCCUUUUUGGAUUCCCGCCUAACCCUUUAUCCGUGCAGAGUUAGGAAAGAAAAUAACUUCUUCCUGGACGAUUUCAAUUUUAUCUUCUCUUCAAUUUUCUUUAAUCCGUAAAACCUAACUUUAAUUCAUCAAGAACCGAAUUCACAGAUCUCAAGCAAUUCACCACCGCACCAUCUCCGGCGAAGGGCGACACGUUCUCCUUCCCAAUCUCUUCUCCAUCUUCCUAAUUUCUUCUACUUCGUGGUUUGAUUGGAACUUCCACCGCAUUCGCAACCACCGUCUCCACCACCACGUACAACCUCCGUCUCUGCCGCCAGUUCUUCAGCUCUUGUAAUUUUAGAAACCUUAGAGGACAUACAUAUCUUGCUAACAGCACAAGCAGUCGACGGUGGUUCUCGCUUUGGUCUCUCUCUACCUCGACUAAAUCACGGACCCGCUUGACCGCCGCAACUACAAUCCACCAGUCGGUGGCGGUUCUCUGACAGGUGAUCUUGAUGAAAAAUGAUGGAAAACAAGUGAAUUCGAGCCAAAACAGGGCCUGUGCGGUCGAGUGGCGUUUUGUGCGCCCGAACAGGUAGUGCAAAUGGAGUUCAAGGAGAUUCCAGUUUUGUGCGGUCGAAUGCCCUCUGUCAUUCGGUCGCACAAAACGGAUUUCUGAGACAGAAUGUCCCAAGAUUGUAAAACGACCGCACAACCCGGGUAAUUCGACAACACAGGUUUUGUUCGACCGCACAACCUAUGUUGUUCGACCGCACAAAAGUUGUGCGCCCAAACGACUUUCCUUGUUCGACCAAAUGGAGCUGCGAAGGAGACUUGAGCCAAAGGAUUCCCAUUCGACAGAACGGGGUUUUAUGUUCGGUCGCACAAGACGAAGAAAAUGUUCUUCGCUGCCUUCGCUCGCACAGGACCCAACAUGCGCUCGAAUGACUCUUUGACGUUCGGUCACACAAAAGGUCUGUGCGACCGAAUGGUUGCGCGGGCUGCUCUUAUUCGAAUUUUGGCUUCUAUUUGGGGAAACUUAUAAAUAGAUUUUUCGAUUAUUUUGUUAGGAGGAGAAUUUUAGUUGAUAAUUUUAGAUUCUCAAAGUUAGUUUGAGGAUGUUCCCCUAGUGGUUGGCGAGCUUACUUUCCUUGUGGAUUUCGUCGUCUUGGACAUUGAUGAGGAUGCCCAUACCCCCAUUAUCUUGGGGAGGCCAUUUUUGGCCACCGCAGGUGCUCUUAUCGAUGUGCAAGAAGGACUAAUCACUUUGAAAGCGGGAGACGCCAAGGCUAGUUUCAAGCUUUCAAUUGAUGACCAUUGUUGCUCUAAAAUGAAAAGUUGCAUGAAAAUUGACACUCUUGCUUGUGUUGAGAACAACCACUCUUGUGCUAAUUCUUCUAACAAUUUUCAUGUUUCUAAGUGUGCUAAUGAGCUUGCUAGGUCCUCUCUUGAUGACAAGAAUGUCCAUGGAGUCCCAAAGGCGCUUGGGGAUGAGCUUGAAGAUGUUGUAACCAUCCCCGAGAUAUUUGAAAUGCAUGUUGAUGAUGAUAAUGGAGCUAAACCCUCCAAAGUGUUUCAUGGAUCGGCUAAGAAAGCCAAGAAGUCAGCUAAGAGUCCAUCGAGUCCCGAGGAGGGGCAUGUUGGUGGAUUAUUUGGUUUCCGCCUCUUGAAUGGUGACGUCGGUAAGAUCUUUGUGCCCAAAGGGGCAAAGAAAUGCAUGUUGACUAGUGUUGACCCUUGUUUGGUUGUCUUUGACCCCCCUUGACCUUUUGGGGGGUCCGUCAAGCUAAUGACGUUAAACGAGCGCUACCGGGAGGCAACCCGUGUAUUGGUCUCAUUCUUGUCCCCCCAUGAGCUUUGGGGGGAUUCGUCAAGCUAAUGACGUUAAACGAGCGCUACCCGGGAGGCAACCCGAUUGUCUAACUCCUAGCUUUAGUUUUUAUUUGAUUUUGUGCUUUAAUUUCCAUUAAUUAGUUUCUUUUUCGAUUUAAAUAGGAAGCUUGUGAAAAUAGUGCAAAAAUUUGUUUUGUGCGACCGAACGUGUCCUGUUGUUCGGUCGCACAAAACUCUUUUUGAGGCAGAAUGGGAAAUCUUUGGCACUCGAUCGCACAGCUCUGCAAAUUCGAUAGCACAAGGUAUGUGCGACCGAACGACUCUUCCUGUUCGAUCACACAGCCUGGCGGAGCUGUUUCUGAUGUUUUUAUUUCAAAAAAUCGCGAGCCCCUCCCUUUAUUUCCCUUCAUUUGCUCGACUCUCCUCUCCAUUACUCCCUCUUCUCUCACUUGCUACCACUACUCCUCAUAAAAUUCAUUCACUUCCUUUCACUAAUUGCACUUCCCAUUCAUCAAAUACACUCAAUCUCAUUCAUCCCAACCCCCAAAAUCCCCAAAUUUUCAUUUUUUUUGCAAAAUCCCCAAUUUCUGGGGUUUUUUGUGAAAUUGUUCAUAAUUGUGUGUGUGUGGUGAAUUGGAGCUCUUGAGGAUACUUGGGAUCGAUCCUACAGUACUUCCUUUGCUUGUGGUGAUGAUUUCUUUCCCUUAAUUCUUGUAUUCCGUUCCAUUUUCACCAUGUUGAUAUUGUUUUUGAUUUUUCUGAAAUUUUUUAUUUUUGGGUGUUAGUUGAUGCAUGUUUGUGUUAUGCUUAGUCUUUAAUCGUCUAGAUGAGCUUUGCAUGUUUAAUUCCUUAUUCCAUUUAAGCUCUAGACUUUUUGAGAUGAUUUAAUGAGAUUUUGGGAUACUUUGAUUUUAUUUGUUUGUGGAAGUAAUGAUGAUUGUUUGUGGUGGUUAAUAUGGAGUAAUGUGGUUAGUUCAAGCUUGUUGAGAAGUUUGUGUAAUGUUUAGAGCUUGAUGAUGAAUUGAUGAAGAUAGUUUAACCUUAGCUCUUGUAGUAGUUCGUUUGUCCUAGAUUGUGAACUAACUUAGUUUAUCCUUCUUUGUGUGUCUUGGUUCGUUUCUUUUUGUUUUGUAGAUUUUUGCUUAGCAUCCACUCAUCUCAAUGGCACCAAAACGCUCCAAGAAGAACCCCGCCGCAACCGAGGCCGCGAUCACCUCUUCAUCAAAGAGGAAAGCAACAACGGCACCAACCCCUCCGAACAUGGAAACUUACGGAAUUGAGUUCGCCGAGCAACGCUCUUGGGAUUUCUUUGACGUCCUUUCCAAGAGGACUAUUAAGCCCACUAAGUUCUUUCAUCGGGAAAGCGUUCGUAGCUUGGGGGUUGAGGCCGAGGUUGACAAGUUACUCAAGGGCCUAGGGUGGGAAGAGUUUGCAAAGAUGAGUGCCCCUACAUACAAAGGGUGACUUUGGAGUUCCUCUUCUCGGCUCGAAAGAACUUUGUAGAAGAUGAGGAUGGUGACAAAGUAGUGGAAUUGAGCUUCCAAGUUUUCGGGCGCCAAUACAAGUUGAAUAACAACCAAAUGAAUUUCCUCUUCUUCAUCACAACGAAUAUCGGUUACAUCGUGAAUCCGAGGGCCGAGUGUGCUAAUGACUAUAAUGAAAACAUUUGGUGGAGAGAGCUCACCGGAGAUGUUGGAGAUUUCUUCUUCGCCUCGGCUAAGUCUUCCUCAUUCCAUCAUCCGGCCAUCCGGAUCAUGAGCCGCCUCCUCAUCUAUGCUCUUUUCUCUAAGGGAGCUACCGGUGCCUUGUCGGGCACGGAACUUGGUGGUUUGGGGUUGGCCACUCAAGAGAAGCAAGGUGUUCUCGGUUUCGGGCAAUUGCUCAUUUCCCGGAUCAUUGAGGUGCGGGAUAGCCAUUUGAACAAAUCCGACAUCCUCCUUGGUGGCAUGCUCACUCUUCUUGUUCGGCUUCUACCGAACAACCCUCAUGGAAAAGAGAUGGGAUGCUUUGCCUCCCGUGGCCGGUGGUGAGUUCUUAAACAUCCGGGCGAUGUAUAAUGCUACUUGGCUCCACUACACCACCAACGAGACGCAAUGGAUUUGGCUUGUGAAAAAAGCCAAUUGGUGCUUUCUUCCGCACCCGUUCAUCACUUCUUGGUCCGAGAAUGUCCGUUUCUUGCUUCCGCGGCAUAAGAAGUUCGCCGCCGCUGCCGUCGCCAAAGCCACUACCUCAAAGUCCACCGACACCUCCACUCAAGCUCCUCAAAGUCCACCUCAAGGUCCGCCUGAAAGUCCUCCCCCGAAUGCGGGUGGUAUACCUCUCUCAUCUCCUUUUGAUUUGACGGGUUUGCAAUCCACCCUUGCGGCUAUCUUGCAAGGGCAAGAGGACCAAGCUCGUACCUUGGCCUCUUUUGCUCCUCAAGGGAGCUGCACGAGGGAUUCAUUUCCCGAUUUUGACUCGUCCUACUAUGGUAGGCGGGUGUACUACUUUCAUGUUGACAAAGGGGACUUUGCCCCCUAUGUCAACUACCCUUACCACCCUCCCCAACAAGGGCCCAUCCCUAAUUGGAUUGAGGAGCGUACACCCACCUACCCAUAUUGGACGGGACCUUCUCAACCCGGUGUCACUCCCCCCUCUUUUCCGCCUUAUAAUUAUACCAUGAUGGGCGGGAGUGACUACCAAGGUGACCCUAUGUAUCCCACUCCCCCACCGGUUGAUCGGCCAGAUGGUUGGCCCGAGGAUUUCACCGGAUGGCCUAGGGGAUAUAUGGGUGGUUGGGAUGGCCCCCGAGGAGAGCCACCCCAUGGCAAUUACCCCCUUCGGCCCGAAUAUAGUUGGCCGCCUUAUCCCGAUGUGGACCCCACCUACAAUUUCACCCCGUUCACCGAUGACGCGGCUCUUGCUUAUCGUCUUGAGCGGAAUGAACAUUGGAGGAUUUAUGAUGCAAAGGGUAAAGGGCAUCCCCCGGGCCCUUCUUCUUAGGGUUCCCUCCAUUUCUCCCCCAUCUUGAUGUGAUGGUAUGCUUGUGAUUAGCUUGGGGGAGAAGUGUGGAGUAGGGGUUUGCUAUGGGGAAUGUUUGAUGUUUGUUGGUGUGAUCUUCUUGCCACUUCGUGUGGUUGUAUAUAUGGUGAUGGGUUUUGCUUGUUUUGUGUUUGUUUUGGCCUUUUGGCCUUGUCUACUAACAUUUUUCUUGAUUGUUUUUUAGUGUUCUUUAUGGAUUGGUUUCAUUGCGGUGGGUUCACACUAUCCACCAUGUGCCUUGUUCGUCGAUACCUUGGUGAGUUUGUUCGGUUUUUACCGGCUCUUUGCGGGACUUGCUCCCACGACAAUUCCGGUAACAUCCUUCUAUCUCACAUGCAUUCUUUGGGACGGGCAUACAUCAUGUUGGGGCAUUUGGUUGGAUGGGUAGCUGUGCCCCUCCUUUGGUUUUAGGCCGUGAGGACAUGGCCUGAUUCUAGCUUGGGGGGAGUUUUGUUGUGUGGUUGGCUAAUUGUCGAUGCUCAUUGCUAUGAAUCAUACCAUUAUGUGCUUGUUUCUUUGUUUUAAGCUUGAUUUAGUUUGAUUUUAGUUUCUUUUCUUUUUGUUUGUUUUGUUUGCUUCUUUUUGUUUCCCUUUUUGGUGUAUUUUCUUAUUUUCUUCCUUUUUCUUUUGUUUUGAUUUCCUUUUUUGUCAAGGCAAGUUUUUCUAGGUUUUCUUAGGCAAUAUUCUUGAUUGGGGCAUAUAAAAAUGGAACUUGUAGAUUAGAAUGCUUUUAUUCUUAAUUGGUAGAUGUUUACACGGUUCUUAAUGUCUUGGGUCGAGUCUAGGAUUUGGUGUCAAGAAAGUUGGUUGAACUAUGGGUAGCAUGCGUCAUGAACUAUUGGCUUGUCCUAAGAUGGUGUCGACUUCUCUAGUGAUUUGAAGCCGAAGAGAAUGGUAUUUGCUCCCUUGUGAGGUUCAUGCUCAAAAAUAAGCCCAAACACAUUUUCAUAUCUUGAGUGGCAUGGAUCCUUAGCAUUGACUUUUUUGUCUCCCUAGUUUGACCAUUUCCUUCCCGAGACCGCGACCGAACUACUUUAGGGGACGUUAGAGGCAUUUCUUUCGGUGACUAUUUUUCUUUUUAGUUUAGGACUCUAUUUUCUUAUUUUUCUCAUAUGUUUUUGUUUGCAUUUUCCCCUUUGCUAGCCAUUUGAGCCUUGACCCUUCAUUUCUUAUGUGCACAUUACAAGCCUAAUAACCUUUGUUUUAUUUUCACCCUUAGAAGUGAUAGUGAAGCUUUGUGUUAUGAUGUUUGUUAGUUUUGAAUGAAUAUGCAAAGGUGAGGAAUGAUUGUUGUUUGGUAUGAAUGGCAAAGUUUUGGAAGAAUGUUGUAUAUAGUGAAUAAAUGAUGCAAAAUCAAAAAUGAGAAAUAAAAGUUUUGAAAAAGCCAAAAAUAGAGAAAAACACAAAAAAGAGUUGUAGUUUGGAAUUGUUGUUGAAUAAGCUUGGGGGUACCCCAAAUAAGUGGUACGAGUUUGUGUUUGGUUCAAAAUGCUUGAGUUAAGUUCUAUCAUUGCGCUUCACUUUAGGUAUGAGCACCAAAUGGCCAAAUUUGUUCCGCGCCUUACACCUAGCCUAGGUUACGCCCUAAAAGCCCUCUUGACCCUUUUGAGUUGAGUCAUUGUCGGUGGAGGGAGGAUUUGGUCAAGCUUAAGGAACAAGGUUGUCAUGCUAAGAUGUCGGGUAGCCUAUUAUUGAUUUUCUGGUGCCUUCGCGGUGUCUUGAGACGCUAUUGUCAAGGGUGGAUAAGAUCUAGAGAUUUGACGUGGUAUGCCCGGAUGUAGGGGGAUUGACUAGUGCUUGCCCUUAGUUCACUUUGCUUGAUGCUCGAAUCUUUCACUCGGUUUAGGACAUUAGUUAGCGUGUACUCAUUUAUUUGAUUAGUAAUAUUAGUGUUCUUCUAUACUUGUUCCAUAAUAAAGCCCAUCUUGAAUUUUGUAGUUUAAUUUCUUUUCUUCUUUUUUCUUUUCUUCUUCUUUUCUUUCUUUCUUUUCUUGGUUUGUGUUUUCCAUUUUAGUCUUGCCUUGAUUAGAUUUGCUAGAUUUUGAUUUUGGUAAAUUUUUAGAAUCUGAUUAGUUGCUCAUUCUUCCUUAGUUGAGUUUAGUUUGCUAGAGACUAGCAAACGCUUAGCUUGGGGGAGUUUGAUGAGCGACAUUUAUGUCGCUCUUAGCCUAGGAUUUUAUGUUAGUUUUUAUGCUUUUUUAUAGUUUUCGUAGCUUUUUGUGUGAGAUUUAUAAGUUUCGUUCCAUCUUGUGCUUUAUAGGUGAUCUUGAUGAAAAAUGAUGGAAAACAAGUGAAUUCGAGCCAAAACAGGGCUUGUGCGGUCGAGUGGCGUUUUGUGCGCCCGAACAGGUAGUGCAAAUGGAGUUCAAGAAGAUUCCAGUUUUGUGCGGUCGAAUGCCCUCUGUCAUUCGGUCGCACAAAACGGAUUUCUGAGACAGAAUGUCCCAAGAUUGUAAAACGACCGCACAACCCGGGUAAUUCGACAACACAGGUUUUGUUCGACCGCACAACCUAUGUUGUUCGACCGCACAAAAGUUGUGCGCCCAAACGACUUUCCUUGUUCGACCAAAUGGAGCUGCGAAGGAGACUUGAACCAAAGGAUUCCCAUUCGACCGAUCGGGGUUUUAUGUUCGGUCGCACAUGACGAAGAAAAUGUUCUUCGCUGCCUUCGCUCGCACAGGACCCAGCAUGCGCUCGAAUGACUCUUUUCAUUCGGUCGCACAAAAGGUCUGUGCGACCGAAUGGUUGCGCGGGCUGCUCUUAUUCGAAUUUUGGCUUCUAUUUGGGGAAACUUAUAAAUAAAUUUUUCGAUUAUUUUGUUAGGAGGAGAAUUUUAAUUGAUAAUUUUAGAUUCUCAAAGUUAGUUUUUCAGCAAUUCUAGAGAGAGAAACUCUCCUCCAUUCAAGCUUCAAUUUGUAAUCCUUCUUAACUCUUCUUCAAUUUUGCAAUAUUAAUUCUUAGUUUGUUCUUGCU